CUUAACAGUUUCUAUAACCACCAUUUCCGAAUUCUCUUUGUCAGACAAGAAACACGAUGAUGGAGAAGUGGAGAAUUACCCAACGUCUCCUUAGACAUUCAUCGAAACUGCUCUUUGAUCGUCCAUUAAACCGUAGUGCUUCUCAUAUUUCAGCUUUCCGCUUUGCUUCAGUUCACAGAGAAACUUUUGUAGAAACAGGUCUUGGGAGUGCAAGCUCAAUAAAGUACAGACGUUUUGGUUCAGCCGCUACUGAAAUUCAGCGAAACACAUCGUUUUCGACAUUGAAUGUGGAUGAUAUAAGCUAUUUCAAAGAAAUAUUAGGUGAAAAAAAUGUCAUUCAGGAUAAAGAUGUGUUGCUCAAUGCGAAUACAGAUUGGAUGAGAAAAUACAAAGGGUCUAGUAAGCUCCUGCUCCAACCAAAAACCACUAAUGAGGUAUCUCAGAUUCUUAAGUACUGUAAUUCCAGGCGCUUGGCUGUUGUUCCCCAGGGUGGAAAUACUGGUCUAGUAGGUGGAAGUGUUCCUGUUUUUGACGAGGUGAUCAUCAAUGUUGGUUCAAUGAAUAACAUCAUGGCUUUUGACAAGGUCAGUGGUACACUGGUAUGUGAAGCGGGAUGCAUUUUGGAGAAUCUGGUUUCUUUCCUAGAUGACCAAGGAUUUAUUAUGCCUCUGGACUUAGGUGCAAAAGGAAGCUGCCAAAUUGGAGGAAAUGUUUCAACUAAUGCUGGUGGUUUGCGCCUUGUCCGUUAUGGUUCACUACAUGGAAGUGUACUUGGUCUUGAAGUUGUUUUAGCGAAUGGUGAUGUGCUUGACAUGCUUGGGACUUUACGUAAAGAUAAUACUGGGUACGACUUAAAGCAUUUAUUCAUUGGAAGUGAAGGAUCAUUGGGCAUUGUAACCAAAGUUUCCAUACUUACCCCUUUGAAGCUAUCUUCAGUAAAUUUGGCUUUUCUUGCAUGCAAAGAUUAUUUCAGCUGCCAGAAACUUCUACUUGAAGCAAAGAGUAAACUCGGGGAGAUUCUAUCUGCAUUUGAAUUUUUGGAUAACCAGGCAAUGGAUUUGGUUUUAAACCAUCUGGAAGGUGCCCGGAAUCCGUUACAUUCUUCAAUGCACAACUUUUAUGUUUUGAUUGAGACAACAGGCAGUAACGAAUCUUAUGAUAGAGAGAAGAUUGAAGCUUUCCUACUUCGUUCGAUGGAGGAUGGAUUGAUUUCUGAUGGUGUUCUUGCACAAGACAUAAAUCAAGCAUCUUCAUUUUGGAGAAUACGUGAGGGUGUACCAGAAGCAUUGAUGAAAGCAGGGGCUGUUUACAAAUAUGAUUUGUCAUUACCUGUUGAAAAGAUGUAUGAUCUUGUUGAGGAAAUGCGAUUAAGACUUGGUCAGACAGCCAAAGUAAUAGGUUAUGGUCACCUUGGUGAUGGUAAUUUGCAUCUUAAUAUUUCAGCACCACAGUACAAUGAUGCGAUUUUUGCACAAAUUGAACCUUAUGUAUAUGAAUGGACAUCAAAGCAUCGUGGGAGUAUUAGUGCAGAGCAUGGUCUGGGACUUAUGAAAGCCAAUAAGAUUUUCUAUAGCAAAUCACCUGAAAGCGUGCAAGUGAUGGGCUCGAUCAAAAAGUUGCUGGAUCCAAAUGGGAUACUCAAUCCGUAUAAAGUUCUUCCUUACUUGCUCAGUUCCUACCACUGAGGUUAGAGCUUCAUUUGAACUGAUUUUCUCAUUUUGGACAUUCAUUUUAGUCCUUCAUGAAGAAUGAUCCUGUUAUUGUUCAGUGUCUAGAAUGUGUGUUGGGGAAGAAGGCCUGUGAUUGGUGGUCACACAGCAAAGGGGCCUUGGGGUUUUCAAAGGGAAUAAUUUACCAAGUUUAAUCUGUAAACAAGGAUACA